AUGUCGGAUCAUGUGCGUCGCGCAGAGCAACAGGCCAGAAGUUCAAGGCCGCGCACCAGCUCCAUCUAUGACCAACAUGGCCCUCUCCUCUCUUUGGCAUCAUCCACUCCAGCCUUUGCAUCGUCCUCAGCUUCACAUUCGCUCAACCCUCCAACUCGUACUCGUCUCAACUCGACCACCCGUGUUUCUACUGGCUCGCCACUCACAAGCUCAUCCAACACACGUGCUCGUACCAUGUCCUCAGCAUCACGUCUCUCGACAUUGUCGCAAGCAGAACCCUCUUCAGAACCUCGAUACCAAUCCGACCGUGCCUACGCUACCCUCGCAUCUCGCCAUCAGGGCCCUUCGAUUGCACAGAGCCCCUCACAUUCCUUGCCUGCUGCCUCUCGCCGCACAUCCUGGACACCACAUAAGCUUUCUCACUCCGGCACAUCUUCCCUCGCCGACUUUAAUCCUAACCUCUCCACAUCUCAGUAUGUCAACGGCAGCGGCUCUCUUGCCUCCACCACAUCAGCUUCUAGGCCUGCAACUGGUUCGAGAAUCCCAUCUUUCGGUCGCACCGGCACUUCACAGCCACGUCUCGGCGAUGCACUUUUAGGCCAAAGGAAAACGAGUGACGUCUCCUCUCGAUCUACGGCGAUCACCUCGUCCACCUCCAGCUCUUCCCUUGCAUUCCCUGCCAGAUCCGACUCGCUCGCUCGUUCCUCGCGCCUCACAAAUACCCUCACCUCGGCAUCGAUGAGCUCCAGCCAGUCAGUCAGCAGCGUCUCCUCCAUCUCGCGAUCAACCAGCGGUACCAUGGGUCCACCUACCUCUGCAUCUCAAUCAACCAAUCUUGCGCCACGUCGAACCACCACCACGACCCAAUCCGCAUCCUCCUCCUCCUCCCUUCACCCCCCACACAGCGACUCACAGCAUCCCAAGAUCUCUCCUUUGCUUCCCCACUUUGGUCAGAGCUUCGGUGCAGCCCUUUUCGAUGACGAUGCCAUGGGUCGACGCGCUUCUGACACCGCUGCGACUCACAGCAACUGCAGUAUCGCAGAGGUAGACGAGCGAGACCAAGAUGGUCGCACACCACAAGCCUCCUCUGGUGCUUUUCCCUCAUCCUCCAAGUCCAAGCCACAGAAUAUGCACUUGGGCUUGCGCCACUCGCCCGGCCUUGCUUCCCGCUUCUCCCACUUCUCCAGCGACCUCGCCACUCCAGAAGGCUCCGACGAUCCCAAUAAGCUGCUCGGCAGAUCCCCCUCCUCUUCCGCCUCCAAAGCUGGUCUCGGACUCGGCCUUCCAGAUCUCUCAUCGGAAGCAAGGAAUCGGCAUGCAUACGCCCAACCGACCGCUGACGAUGCUGAGACUCUGCAAACUCCCGAGAAGUAUGGCUUGCAGAGUUGGACUCCAAGUGGUACGCCGCGAGUCUAUGAUCGUGCUGGUCAGAUUGGUAUCGGUGAGUUGGCUACACCCCGCUGGAACUUCCCCAACACUGCCUUGCCAACCUGGAAGUCGGCUCCCGAUGCGACGCCGCUCUCGUCAUCCAAGAUGGCUCAACGACGCAAUGUCAGUGGUGCACUGACCGACGAUGGCACCGCACCCGAUCCACUCAGCAUCUCCCUACUCGAAAGUCACGACUCGGCUCUACAGCGAGAAGCUGACUUUCAGAACUCAGACGGGCCCCAGCCAUCGUCACGGAGAGGCCAAGCAGCGGCACGCCAUUCGCGUUCCAUCUCCUAUUCGUCCAUCAACAGCAUGCAACGCAAUGCGCUACGCGAUCCCAACGAGCUGCUCUCGACACUCCCCAUCAGCCCAUCGGCUCCAGGUCGACAUAUGCCGUUGGAUGGUAGCUCCUCCUUGCACACACUGACUCGCGGAUACCCUGACAAGCAGUCUGGCUUCAUGGCAGAGCUUGACCAUGUUGCAGCCAGCAUCGGUACUGCACCUCAGAGCCCUUCCUUCUCCAUUAGCGCACGAACAGAGUCCGAUUCCAGCAUCGUUCAGCAGGAGUCGGGUGAUCCUUCCUUGGCACCGUCGCGCAGCAACACUUCACGAACUGACUCUAAGGCUAUCACUGCAGAUCCAUCACCUGGCAUCGGUGACCUUCCAUGGUCUGCAGGCGAGACCGGGCCUUUCGGCUCAGAAGGUGCAGGUCUAGGCAUUGAAGGAUCCAAGUCGAUGACUUUUGGCGAUGUCAACUUUGGCAACGGCAAUGGCGACGAAGAAUGGCGUCAGAGCUUCGACCUCAACGCUGCCAUCACUGACUUGCUCCAUGACCAUGACGAGCUUCAUCGACGUAGACAACUGCGGGAUCGAGCCCCUUCCGAUGCCUCAGAGUUGCGCAUUAGCGGUGGAACGAGAGGUUCGACGCAAUUGCGAUCGGACUCGAUCAGGCCUGGCGACGAGUCGAUCCAGUCGAGCCGGCUGCAGGGUGGCCUAGCCCGAGGCACCCCGGGACUCGCUGCAGAUGGUAGUCAACAUGGACUCACUGCCUCAUCCUCCCGCCGAGAGCGAUUCGCCAGUAGCGGUACGCCCUCUCAGCCUGCGUCUACUGCGCCAUCGAUGCCACAGGGUACGCCAAGGAUGUCGCGCAACAGUGUCUCGUUGCGCAACAAGCGAGCCUCAUCUGCCAGCAUUGGUCAGUCGCUUCUCAGAGGUUCUGUGCCGUUAGCCUACGCCGAGGACUACGAGAGCCGCCUCAACUCGCGUGAGGAUGCAGCCGCCGACGCUCUACGCAAGCUCGAUGGUCUCGGCAGCACUCGAAGAGCUAGUCGCGAUGGUAAGUCUGAUCCUAAGAGUCCUCGCACUAGCCGUGUUCCCUCUCGGCCCGGGAGCGCUUCACGUAGAACACCAGCUUCGAGCAGUCGAGCCUCUUCACCGGAUUCGCGAAGUCGCCGUUCCAGCAACUACGACACGUCAUCUCGCUCUAUCGACAAGACGAGAGGAUCUGAAGAUUCGAUCGCACGCAACAGUCUUCGAGCAUCCAAGCUCGUCACACGCGUACGCACGGGGGAUGAUUCUACUGGCACGCCUCCGCAUACCUUGGCCGAUCCUGUACGUACCUCUGCCAUCUAUUCCAGCCCUCGUCUUCGAAGAUCGCAGCUGCCCCCUCUUCCCCAGAAUGAAAUCACGCAAGGUUCGCGUCGCACCUCUGCCGCUCAGAGUGGCACUGCCAGGGACGUAUCCGCUUCUGCUAGUCCACUCAUUGGGACGCCCGUCAUCACGCGAAGCAUCUCCCGCUCGAAGCGCAUGAGUGGCAACAGCGAUGGCUCCGUGAUUGUAUCCGAGGGCAGUCGUCAGAACUCUGCUGCUGGAGCCUACGACGACCCCGAUGCAUCCAAGCAUACCGCCAUUCCUCCUGUGCCUCCUCUUCCCAAGCUAUGGGAGGGAUCUCGAUCUAGCUCACUCACCUCGGAAGCCUUCCGUGCUGUUUCAGCCAAGAGUCCCAGCAUCACUACCAGCCACAGCUUCGUGUCCACUAUCAGUGGCGAUCACAGCGACAAGUUGCCAACGCCCAGGUCACCGCUUAGCCCUCGUACACAGGAGAUGGCUGAGGCGGCAGCGCUGGCAGUGCGAAAGCCGAGCUUGAAAGUGCUGAGCGACUCUACUUUUCGACGCUCUUCGACCAAUGAUGUUUCGAUGCAAUGUGCUGUGGCCGAGCCGAUCGAGGAGAUCAUCUCAUCGACGGAGCCACUUGUGUCUGCAGAAUCGACCGGGGUCAUGGAUCCGGAUAGCUCUGUUACUAGCGCAAGACCCAAGUCGAGCUCGUUGCGUCGCACUAGUGUUGCAUCGCUUGGCAGACUGAUUAGGACCGGACAAAGGGAUAAUAAAGAGGUCGAGGCGCCUUUGUCGAGCGCUGCCUCCCAGUCGCUGUCUGCGUCGACGGAUGCAAGUAGCAGUCCAAAGUCGAGACGUACACCGUCGUUCUUCCAGCGCGCACCAAGGUCGAGCGAUGGGCCCACAGCGAGUGAGGCGGGCGUGCAAGAAACCGGAAGGGCUUCGCGCAAGUCGAUCUUGGGUAUUGCCGGCGGUUUGCUGAGCCGUUCUGGAUCGCGCCGUGUCGCGACAGCAAGCAAUACUGAUGCUCUGUCCAACGCCGGUCAGGCACGAGUAUCCGAGGUGGAACCCAGGUCAAGUGCCUCACAGCAGCAGCAGCAGCAGCAGCAGCAGCAGCAACAACAACGACAACAGCAAUUGUCACUUGCGCGAAGGCGUGGACAGUCCGUCACCGCAGGCAGCGACACAGUACACAAGAUCUCAGCAGCCGUGUCUUCCAUGCAAGAGCCACGCAGCCUUGCCAAGGUGAGCGAUGGUCCUGCGUCUGCAUCGAUUGCAGCUCAAACCCCUUCGCGAGCCGCCAGAACUGCUGCGAGUGGCAUUCCUUCAUCGAGUCCAAGCAUUGGCAGUCGCACUGUCUCUCCAAGCAAGUCUGCUUCCUUAUCCAGUCGCAUCCCGCGCGUGACCACAAUGAAGGCUAUCCCACGAGCUGCAGCAGCAGGCACUGAGAGCAGCGGCAGCGUUACCCGAGCAGCUGCCACCGCUUCCACUUCGAUUCCGGUCAGCAAGUCGCACCACCCCUCUCUUGCUGCAAGCAUGGGCAUGGUCGCCACACAGCCAACGGAGGAUGAUGAUACAAAGUCGGUCUCUGGUUCGGACACUACUGUGGGUACAGCGAAGCACAGCCAUGCUUCGUCCAAGAUCGUACCUUCGCCCGGAGGUGGUGUUGCGCAGGUGUCUAGCAGUUUGGUACCAAUUCUGAACGCGUAUGCGGCUGCUAAGACGCCUGCGGAGGUGGAAGGUGUGUUGAGACGCGCUAGGAUUGCGGCUUACUCGUCGAAUUUGACGCCGAGCGAUCGAGAGAUGUUGAAUGGUCUUGCUGCUAAGCAGGAUCGACAGAAGGCUGAUGUUAGUCCGGCUGGCAGCGCUGCUGCUGACAAGCCUUCCUUGCGGGCGGUCAAGCCUAGUCAGACUUCCGCAUCCACGGCGAGCGCGAACGUUGCGCCUUCUGCUCCCUCGAACGGAACCAAAGGACCUUCACCCGCAAUCGCGACAUCGGCAAAAGAUACCGGCACCAGCAGCAUUUCUGUUCCAGUUCGAAAGACUCGUGCCUCUCUCAGUACCGCUUCCUCCGUGCCACGUUCCACCACCACUACCACCAUCGUCAAGACUUCAGCCAGUGAACGCCUAACCAAGAUGAGUUCCAGCUCUACCAGCACCUCGAUCACUCGUCGCAGUCCUGCAUCCUCGGACGCAGCUGGUUCUCUGGCUUCUCCACGAGCCACGCCUGUGCUCAGCGACGAAGAAGAGCGUUUGGGAGAUAACGAGAUGGAAGACUACAUCCGACGUCAACAAGCUCGUAAGCUUGCCGCAGGAGCCUCUCAAGCCGAGUUAGACAAGAUGCUCGAGUUCCCCGAAGCUGUUGCGCCUUCGCGUAUGCUUUCACCUCGUCAAGCUGAAGUGAUGUACGGUAACAGGAUGUCCGAUUUUGAGCUGCAGGAGAUCUUCAACUACAGCGAGAUCUACUACUGUGGGCAGAACGCAAAGCGGAAACACAUGGCUACCGUCGAAAAGCCGGAUCAAAACCAUGGAUUCGAUGACGAAAGAGGUGAUUACAACGUGAUCAGUCGUGAUCAUCUUGCGUUCCGAUACGAAAUCAUCGAUCUUCUCGGCAGGGGAUCUUUUGGACAGGUUCUUCAGUGUCGAGAUCACAAAACAGGCCAAACAGUUGCGAUCAAACUGAUCAGGAAUAAGAAACGAUUCCAUCAUCAAGCGUUGGUCGAAGUACGGAUUCUGGAAAACCUCAGCAGGUGGGAUCCAGAGGAAAAGUACAAUGUCAUUAAAAUGACGGAAUCCUUCCUCUUUCGAAACCACCUCUGCAUAGCGACCGAGUUGCUUUCAAUCAAUCUGUACGAGUUGAUCAAGGCGAAUCAGUUUGCGGGAUUCACUACAAACUUGAUACGCAGGUUUACCUCGCAGCUUUUACAAUCGUUGGUGUUGAUGAAGCAACAUCGGAUUGUACAUUGUGAUUUGAAACCGGAGAACAUUCUCUUGGCUCAUCCGAGGAGGAGUGCGAUCAAGGUGAUUGAUUUUGGAUCGAGUUGUUUCGAGAAUGAAAAGGUAUAUACCUAUAUUCAGUCGAGGUUUUAUCGGUCGCCCGAGGUGAUAUUGGGGAUGAAUUAUCAUACUGCCAUCGACAUCUGGUCUCUUGGAUGUAUUGUUGCAGAACUUUACACCGGUUAUCCGCUGUUUCCGGGGGAGAACGAGCAGGAGCAGUUGGCGUGUAUUAUGGAGAUCCUAGGUGUUCCGGAUAGGUACCUGGUGGAGAAGAGUAGUAGGAAAAAGUUGUUUUUCGAUAGUACCGCACAACCGAGACCAGUGGUGAAUUCCAAAGGAAAGAGGAGGAGACCGGCAAGCAAAACGUUGGCACAGGCGUUGAAGAGUGAUGAUGAUCUCUUUGUGGAUUUUAUCGGCAAAUGUUUGAUUUGGGAUCCCGAAAGGAGGUUGAAGCCGGAUAUCGCGAUGAAGCAUGCUUGGAUCAUGCAGGGCAAGAAGUUGGCGCUCGUGGCGGGGGGUGUCUUGGCUGAGGCUGCCCGUCAGGGAGAUAGGGGAGGCGGGUCCAGUUUGCCGAAUGCUUUACCGAGGAAGACGACCACGGCGGGGGCUGGUGGUAGGUCGACUGCAGCUAAGAGUAUAACUGCCAGUGCUGCGACUACACCAAGGACAAAGACUCUUUCAGCAAGAGCUUCGGCUGCGGUGAAUGGAGCUACAGGUGCGACGGGUUAUGUAGCAAGUAGCCCCAGAAGGAGUGCUGGGUUGACUUCGACUGCUCAUAAUACGCCUUUGCGAGUUCCCAAGGCUUGA